AUGCAUCUAAUAUUUUUUCUAUGAAUUAUAUUCAAAGUAAGCAGUAAAGCUGCUACUGUUUUGCCUAAUUGUGAUAUCUCUGUUCUGUCAACAAGUGCCUUACUCUAUUCAGUAUCAUGGAUUAAUGCCUAGCAAUAGGAGCAUCUUUUUGAACUUGAAGUCUAGAUGAUAUCAGCUGGCAAACACUCUUGCUGCUUAUUGAGAAACAUUCAUGAUCCCAGGUCUUGUCUUGGGUCACAGAUGAUGAUUUUCUCCCAGGCUCAUGUGCCUGUUCACAGUGCUAACUGAAUAGCUGCUUUCUUGGAUUCCUUCAGCCCCAGAUUGCCCUAUAUUGUCAUAUUCUUUGCAGCUUCAUUACACCUGUCUUGUCAUAGGAAAUAUUCUCUGUUGAUUUUUAUAAGUUUUUGGAGGAAGCCACAAUGCGAGGUAUCCUUGAUAACCAUUCUAGUGUAAAGAUGAUUGACCUGUAAAGGUUUUUAACUGUGCCAGUUUGCCCCUGUUACUAGAUUUUGAGAUAUAAACUUCUGUCAUCCAUCAGUGUGCUACAUUAAUUACUCUCCUUGAUGAGCAAAAAACUUUGGUAGGGUAGAGCUCUGCAAGAGAUCUUUGUAUGAACAAAAACUGGCAGUGAGGGUUCUGCUUCCUCUUUUCUGUGUGUGCAAAGAGGAGAUGCAGUUGACAGAUUUCUAGAACACCUGUGUAACAUCAGAAGCAGACUUGAAAUUAGAAAUGCAGAAUUAUUUGAAUCGUCCUGCCAAUCUAUACUACAGAUAGGCUUAUUUCCUCCUAAACCAGAUAGUUAUGUAAAUAUUACAGAAGUAAAUGCAUUUUUAGUCUGAGCUGCUAAAAGUUUCCUUAACUGCUCUUAAUACCUGCAUUGUAAGGCAUGCUAACCAAAUAUGCAGAGGACUUUUUCUGGUUCUUCAACUUGGAGAUAAAUUCCAUGCAAAAGAGGGCUGGACUCAUCAGGGAGACAUAUUGUACAGAAAACAAAGAUAUACUUCCGUGUUUCUGUAAAAAAACAAGAUAAAGCUGGAUAGCAUAAUGAGCUCCCUCACAAAUAUCUAUGUUUUUACUUGUGCCUUUACCUUCACACUAUGGAAUAAUAUCCAGCCAACUGUAGAAGAUGAAUUUAUUGCAAAUUAUUCAAGCAGUUUGCUAACUUAUGUUCCAAAAAUCAUUCCAGCCCAUACUCAGGUAUUAGAUUUAUCACAUAAUAGGAUCUCUGGACUUAGUAUCUCAGAAUUUAUUUAUUUUUCUGACCUUCAAGUAUUAAAUAUUUCUCAUAAUAUAAUUACAGUGCUUGACUUUAGUGUCUUUAUUUUUAAUGAAAAUUUAGAAUACUUAGAUUUAUCUCAUAAUAACAUUUCAAAAGUUUGCUGUCUCACUCUUGCGUAUCUUAGACAUUUAGAUCUUUCUUUCAAUAAGUUUACUGCCCUGCCCAUGUGUCAGGAAUUUGGGAACAUGUUUCAUUUGGAGUACCUUGGAUUAAGUGCUACAAUGAUACGAAGGUCAGACUUCAGAUAUAUCAAACAUUUGCAGCUGCACACUGUCUUCCUGACCUUAAGAAACUUUUCAUCGUAUGAGCCUCAGAGUCUGACAGUCUUGACCACAAGGAACCUCCACAUUGUUUUUGCAGCAAACCAAAACUUCAUUUUUCCCCUCUUGUAUGAUGGAAUGAGCACUUCAGAAAACUUAAAAAUAGUUAACUUAAUAUAUACCUUGAGCUACAAAUAUUUCCCUGCUCCGCCUUUAAUGCUUCUGAAAAAAAUCAAGACAACGGCUCUCACGCUUGAGGCUGUGGACUUACAAUGGGCUAUCAUCCUACAAAUUUUCAUGCUUAUUUGGUAUUCACCUAUGGAACAUUUGACUGUGAGAAAUUUGACUUUUCGGGGUCCACUGGAGGAGCCAAAUGAAUAUGCAUUUCUACCCUUAUUAAGCUCUGUAGAACAAUUAAUCUCUUUGGAUGGCUCCAUGAAAACAUUAACUUUGGAGCAUGUUCGUAAUAAGGUUUAUUAUUUCAACCAGGAGAUUCUAUACAGACAGUUCUCAGAGAUGAAUAUUGCCAACUUGACAAUAAGUGAUGCCUAUAUGCCGCACAUGCUUUGUCCCAAUAGAACAAGCUCAUUUCAGUAUUUAAAUUUUUCUCGCAAUGCUCUGACAGAUGAGUUGUUCCAGAAUUGUGGCACUCUCAUGGAUCUGAAAUUACUUAUUUUGCAGAAGAAUAAAUUUGAGAGCCUUUACAAGGUAAGCUUCAUGACCAGCCAUAUGAAAUCACUGAAAUACCUGGACAUGAGCAGCAACCUGCUGCGCCACGAUGGAGCCGACGUGCAGUGCCAGUGGGCUGAGUCUCUGACAGAGCUGGACCUGUCCUCCAAUCAGUUGGCGGAUGCUGUGUUUGAGUGCUUGCCCGUCAACGUCAAAAAACUCGGCCUACAAAACAAUCAGAUCAGCAGUGUCCCCAGGGGGAUGGUGCAGCUGGAAUCCCUGGAAGAGCUGAACCUGGCAUCCAACAGGCUGGCUGACCUGCCAGGGUGCAGUGGCUUUCCGUCCCUGCAGUUCCUGAACAUAGAGAUGAAUUCGAUCCUCACCCCGUCUGCUGAGUUCUUCCGGAGCUGCCCAAGGGUCAGGGAGCUGCAGGCCGGGCACAACCCGUUCAAGUGUUCCUGUGAACUGCAGGCCUUUAUCCGCCUGGAGAGGUGGGCAGGGGGGAAGCUGUUCGGCUGGCCAGCGGCGUACGUGUGCGAGUACCCGGAAGGCUUGCGAGGAACGGAGCUCAAGGACUUCCACCUGAGCCUGCUGGCUUGCAACACGACGCUCCUGCUUGUGACAGCUCUGCUGCUGACGCUGGUGCUGGUGGCUGCGGUGGCCUUCCUGUGCAUCUACCUGGAUGUGCCGUGGUACGUGCGGAUGACAUGGCAGUGGACGCAGACGAAGCGCAGAGCUUGGCACAGCCCGCCCGGAGAUCAGGGCGCCGUUCUGCAAUUCCACGCGUUCAUUUCCUACAGCGAGCGCGAUUCGCUGUGGGUGAAGAACGAGCUGAUCCCGAACCUGGAGAAGGGGGAGGGCUGCAUGCGGCUGUGCCAGCACGAGAGGAACUUUAUCCCUGGCAAGAGCAUUGUGGAGAACAUUAUCAACUGCAUUGAGAAGAGCUACAAGUCGAUCUUUGUGCUGUCUCCCAACUUUGUGCAGAGCGAGUGGUGUCACUAUGAGCUGUACUUUGCCCAUCACAAGUUAUUCAGUGAGAAUUCCAACAGCUUAAUCCUCAUUUUACUGGAGCCUAUCCCUCCGUACCUUAUCCCUGCCAGGUAUCACAAGCUGAAAGCUCUCAUGGCAAAGCGCACUUACCUGGAGUGGCCAAAGGAGAGGAGCAAGCGUGCCCUAUUCUGGGCUAACCUGAGGGCAGCCAUUAACAUUAACCUGCAAAUAUCCAGUGAAGCAAAUGAGUGAUGCUACACCUGCUAGUA